CCUGAUAUAAUCAUAUCGACUGACAGUAUACAUUGGCAUUUCUGUGACAGCGUAAGCAUGUGCCUGCAGAACCGAUUAAUACAGCAUGUUCACUGUGUCAAAUUGGAAUGAAUCUUAUACAAUAAUUGUGAGUGAUUUCAAAAUCUUGCAAUUUAUUUCAAGAGACAAAGAUUACAAAACACCGGUAAUAGAUCAAGAAAGCGACAACUGUACAUAUCAUUUGGUACCAUUUAUUCAACCACUUUUCAACUGGUACACCGAUUCUUCUUCUUCUUCUUCUGGUUGGAACAAAAAAACGAAUGAACAAUUUAUUUUCAACACUUUCAUCGGUCUCGUAUUGUCGACGUGCCUCUACUACAUUGUGUCAACGCGGUCGUUCUCCAAAAGUACAAGAUAUACAUAUACGCAUACACGGCAAGACUGUUUUGCGCUUGUGAGCGUGUAUAUAAGAUUGUUUGUAUUGGUAUCCUGUUGUAUAGUACACUCAAUAUAUAAAAAAUUGAGAUUAUGGCCAUAUUUCGAUCAUUCGCAUUUAAAUAUUCGAGUGUAGUGUAUCGAAAUAGAUUGUUUUGUUCAAUGACGGAUUCUCGUGGCAUCGUAUUGGGUGUAUACUCAGAUGAAAAUCAAACCAAGCUUACCAAAUUAGCCGAGCAAUUUAACGCAAAAACCAAUGGAGAGCUGUUAAAAUUGAUUAAAUUGUCUGCUUCGAACUAAUUUCAAUUGCGUAAUCCACACAAAAUCAGAUAAAUUACUCGCAACAACGCAAAACAAAUAAGUUAAUUGUUAACAAAUACGAACUAAAUCACACAUACAAAUAGAAAAUAAAAUUUGACUGAAAGUGUGAGCAACAAACAAUAACAGAAAACGGAAAAUAGGACCAUAAAAAGCGAAUCGGGCAACUCAAUCAUACAACCAGAAAUAUUUUAUGUAUUUCUAUGCCAUCUUGAUUAAGCGUCUAGACAAAUGCCUUCACAAUUGAAACAAAGUGAAAGAUUUUAUACAGAUACAAGCGAAAAAAAAGCUGUGCUCAUCUCUCCAAUUUUUGAUAUCAAAUGUGAACGAGAUAACAAGUUUAUUUGCAUUAAUUUCAAAAAGAUUAGAUAAACAGAUUGUUGCAAUUAUUCCGUCAAUAUUGGUAAUUAAUUUAGAUUACAUUGACACGUUUCACAAAUUUUUCGAACGGUUUUGAACGAUGUCGAGACACCAAUCAUCGCCUCAUGUUAGUGGCACAGCUGCCAAUUCAACAAGCAGCAACAGCAACAAUAAUAACACAUUAAGCGGAUUGAAUGCAUCGUCAUCGUCGUCGGCCGCUCUGUUUCAACAAAAUCAAGUGACACAACCAAAUGCACAACAUGUACCAUUGGCUGGCGCCAGCAAUUCCAUCGACGAUGAUAUGCAAAGCGCACAUCAUAGCCGAAUGCACCACGCUGAUAACAAAAACACAAACAAGCGAUCAAUUGCAUUGAAUGGCAUUGGUUCAACGGUUGAAAAUAAAAAUGUCGAUUUCCUGUGUCCCAUUUGUUUUGAUUUGAUCAUCGAAGCGCACAUUACACGAUGUGGUCAUACGUUUUGUUUUCGUUGCAUCACAAAAUCGGUGGAAAUUUUCAAACGAUGCCCAAAAUGUAGUUACACACUAUCGACAUGUGAGAAUAUUUUUCCGAAUUAUUUACUAGACGAAUUGAUAACCAAGUAUAAAAUUAAAAAGCAAAUUCAUGACAAAGUUAUUGGUGGACGAACGAGCCGUGGUGGCAUUACAGAUGAUAUAACGCUUGGACCGGCCGGUGAUGGCCUCAAACAUUUUCUCACAUCAGAAUCACAAAAACUAACGUUACCUGACGUCAACAUAAUUAUGGACAUUUUACAACAACGCAAGCAAUUACUAGAAGCCGAAUCAAAUACAGCACAAAAUCGAUUAUUGUAUGACUUUUUAAAGCAAUUGCUGCAGUUAAAAGAAAAGAAAAAGACACAAAUCGAAAAUGAGAUUGAGCUAAUUCAAAAAGAUUUGGCCGAAGUUGAAUUUUUACUGAAAAAUACAACAGUUGAUACAGUGACAGCGGCCGGAGUGUCAACAGUACCAACGACAUCAACAGCGGCAACGGCAAAUGAAACUACCACAACAACAGCAGCAGUAUCAGCGGUGGCGGCGACAAUGGGUAAUUUGCCCGAUACACCAAUGACCACAAAUGCAAGUGAUGAAAAUGAAAACGGGGAAGCAUUACAGCGAUCAAAUUCAAUAUCAAAAGAUUCCGGUGCACGUACGGAAAGCUUCGAAACCGUUCUAAGUGGUGAUGAUGGAUUCAAUACAUUGAAACCGGCACCGACAUCACAAACUUAUUUGUCCCGUAAACGACGAAUGUAUGCGCAUUUCGAUGAUUUUGUCACUUCGUAUUUCUCAAUUCGUAAUCAAGAUCUGGUAUUUGGUACCAAGGAUGAAGUUAAAUUAGAUGAAAGUGGUAAAAAAUGUGAAUUCGAUCAUACGUCGAAACGUAAAAAUCCCGGACUCGAUUUAUUUCGUGAGAAUUUGGUACAAUUUUCAAAAUACAAUACGUUACGGCCAUUGGCCACAAUGCACUAUUCAAGCGAUUUGCAUAAUAAUUCAACGAUUGUGUCCACCAUUGUGUUCGAUAAGGAUAAUGAAUUUUUUGCAAUCGGUGGUGUAACGCGACGUAUUAAAAUUUUUGAUUAUUUGGCUGUUGUUCGUGAUACCGUUGAUAUUCAUUAUCCAAAUGUUGAGAUGAUAUCGAAUAGUAAAAUCUCAUGCAUCACCUGGAAUUCGUAUUACAAACAAGUAAUGGCAUCAAGUGAUUACGAAGGAGCUGUUACUCUGUGGGAUGUCCAAACUGGCACACAAACUCGUACAUUCAACGAACACGAAAAACGAUGUUGGAGCGUUGAUUUCAAUAACAUUGAAGCUCGACUAAUUGCAUCUGGUUCAGAUGAUGCACGCGUUAAACUUUGGUCAACACAGGACGAACGUUCGAUUGCAACGCUUGAGGCCAAAGCAAAUGUGUGUUGCGUAAAAUUUAAUCCAAAAAGUCGGUAUCAUUUGGCUUUUGGUUCGGCCGAUCAUGAUGUCCAUUAUUAUGAUUUACGGAAUAUGUCGAAAGCUUUGUGCAUAUUCAAGGGUCAUAAAAAGGCCGUUUCUUAUGUCAAAUUCUUAAAUACAAACGAAAUUAUAUCGGCAAGUACAGACAGUCAAUUGAAAUUGUGGAAUGUAAAUCAGCCACCUUAUUGUUUGCGUUCAUUUGUUGGUCAUGUAAAUGAGAAAAAUUUCGUUGGUUUGGCCACUGACAGUGAUUAUAUUGCAUGUGGCAGCGAAGAUAAUGCACUGUAUAUUUACUACAAAGGAUUAUCGAAACCAUUGUUUAAUUUCCGAAUCGAUAGUUGUAGCACGGGAAAUGUAAAUAGCAACGGAAUGAUCGGUGUUGGUGGUGCAGCCAGCGGUAACAUUGGCAGCAGUGGAAUCAGCGGUACAGCUUUAGAGACCGAUCGAUUCAAUGAUGUUAACGAGUUUGUUUCAGCCGUUUGCUGGAGACAACAGUGCAAUGUUGUAUUGGCUGCUAACAGUCGGGGAUUGAUUAAAGUCCUUGAACUAGUUUAAAUUCAUAAUUUUUUGAGUUAAUAUUUCAAAAAAAAAAAAAAAAGAAAGAAAAAGAAAAUCCAUUCAUUUAUAAAUGUAAUUGUUUUGGAGGAUAAAUGACUGUAAUAAUUCAGAUAAAACACAAAUUUUGAGUAAAAAAGUUACUCAAGUUUCCUUUGACAAUUAAUUUUUGUUUACCCUUAAAAUAUGUUUUUUUUAAUGUAAAAAUUAAACACUAUUUUUGAUCAUAAUAUAUUGAAAAUUCUAUAAAUCAAAGUGAUCUUUUGAAAACCUGAGAUAAAAUUUUGAUUACUCGUUAUUCAAGUGUUGCAGACUGAUAAACAAAACUAUGACAACUUAAGAGAACAGAUAUGUUAGAUAUAACCGAAAAGUUGGGCAAUAAAUAUAACAUAAAAUUCAUUAUAGUUGUAAUAAUAAAUAUAUAGUUUAAUAGUAGUAACAAAAUUAUUUAGAACAUACUAUUUAUUAUGUUAACAAUAGAAUGCAGUACUCUCUACUAUCGUUUGCGAAAAGUACAAUAAAAGUGAUAGACAAAGAGCCUGAAAGUAAUUCUUUUCUGAACUCGUGUGAGAUAAACACUAAGUUUUGUUAUUUUUUUCGUAAUUUUAAAUAAUAUAAUUUUCAAAAAAAAAUUAAAAUUAUUUUCAUUGUGCAUAUUAUAUAAUUGAA